AUGGUGCACGGGCAUGCACUUUAUCAUAUGCAGCACCGCCCUCUGGAGGCGCGGGCUUUCGACGAGAUAAUCGCCAAUGAGGAUCCCUCCCUCGUGGGGCGCGACAACCCGUUCGUUGUGGUCUACAAGACACUUUCCGCGGACUUUGAAGGUGCCAUUGGAGGCUAUGUGACGGAGGUUCUGGGAGCAAACGGCAAACCUACUGCCCUUUCGACUUCCACCAGCACCACCAAGACCAACAAUGUUGGUGUCGGCCCAGCUCUGGGCGUCACGAAGACCACCGCUGAAACAACGAAAGCGACUGCGGCAACUACCAAGGAGAAGUCCAGCACGACCACGGAAAAGACCAAGGCAAAUAAUGCGACCACGACUACCGAGCAGUCGUCGGCUACUACUACCCAAUCCGACACAACCCAGAGCCCAUCCUCAUUUGUAACUUCGGCCUCUUCGACCACCGCCGAGAGCAGCCAGGAUGUGAACCGUCUUGCGGCGACACCAAGCGCAACGUCCACCGACUCCGCGGCUUCUUCAUCGCCCACGGCUACUAGCGUCUCGUCAGGAAUGUCCGGCGGUGCUAAGGCUGGUGUCGCAAUUGGAGUCAUCCUUGGUAUCGGUGUGCUUGCAGCCCUUAUCUUCUUCUUGAUUCGCAAGAAGAAGCGCAACCAGGAACCAGAGGAGAUCCAGCAUGAGAAGGAGGCAUUCCCUCUCCCGCCUCCUCCUCCCAUGAAGCCCUCGACUCCUUCAACGCCUCCUCAGCUCAGUGUGCGUCCCAUCACUCAGUUUGCGCCUGACCUGAGCGGCAGUGGAGGCUUCAACCCAGCUACUGCCGUCGCAGCCGGUGGUCUUGGUGCUGGCGCUGUUGGUGCAGCUGUCGCCUCGCGUAACCUGACUGGCAACUCGCCGCCUCCAACUCCGCCCAAGUCUAGUUCCAGCAACCAGAACCCGUUCAGUGACCCAGUGAAUCCCUUCAGCCCUGCUGCUUCGGUGGCUGAACAGGCAUCACCUUCAGCGUCGGCUGCCGGACCCUCUGAGGCUGCGAUUGCAGCAACUGCUGCUGGAGCUGCUGUUGCUGCUGGCGCUGUCGGUGCCGCUGCUGUCGCGUCGCAUGAAUCUGAUAAGGAACAGCCCAGCCGCCCUGGCUCGCAAGAAUCAGGUGCAGCAAUCCCUGGUAACUCUUCGCACAACCGUGUUAGUGCUGAUGGCGAGUCGGUAUCAUCCGAGGUCCUGGCUAUCGCUGGUGGAGCCGCUGUUGGCGCUGCUGCUGGCGGUGCUGCUGCUGCUGCUGCCGCGGCUGGUGGAGCUCCCGGACCGAACAAUGUUCACCGUGUGCAAAUGGACUUCAGUCCCUCAGCAGAGGACGAACUGGAGCUUCGAUCCGGUGCUCUGGUUCGGAUGCUUCACGAGUAUGACGACGGAUGGGCCCUGUGUGUUCGCCUGGAUCGUUCGCAGCAAGGUGUUGCUCCUCGCUCCUGCUUGUCUGCGCGUCCAGUGAAGCCUCGCCCUCGUCCACCUCCUGGAGCUGGCCCUGGCCCCGCUCCUCGUGGGCCACCACCACCAAUGGGCCCUAACGGACGCAUGCCAGGCCCGCCUCCUCCUGGUCGCUUCUACCCCGGCCCGCAGGGUGGUCGUCCUCAGUCCCCCGUUGGUCCUCCUUACCAGGGCCCGCCCCGAGCACCUUAUCCCGGCCGUUCAAUGUCGCCCGCGGCUGCAUUCCCUCCCGUGCCUCGCUCGAUGUCCCCAGGCCCUCGUUCCAUGUCUCCUGGCCCCCGUGCUAUGUCGCCUGGCCCCCGUUCUAUGUCGCCUGGCCCCCGUUCUAUGUCUCCCGGUCCCAGUGCCCGCCCAGGCCCUGGUCCUCGAUCUAUGAGCCCAGGUCCCUAUGGCCCCGGAGGCAUGCAACGGCCCAUGAUGCCCGUCAACCAGCGGCAGCGCAGUAACAGCGCAGGCAACAUCUCCCCGCCCGCCGUCGGCGGUGUUGCUCCCCCGAAGUCUAGCCCGCUAGUUGCAGCCGAGGCCCCCGGCCCAGCUCCGACAAGUGAUCUGCCCGCUCUUCCACCUUCGGCGCCUACCUCGCCAACAGGAUCUCAGAUCAACAGAAAGCCCGUCCCCGCUCAGGACGCUUAA